GUUUUAGGGCAAAUCUCCUCUCCAGCAAAACAUUUAAAUAACCCACUGCGGUCAUAUUUGGCUCCCACCACGUCGCAGCAUUACAUAACCGAAUGACGAACUCCAGCUCCUGCACAGGCUCACCAGGGAUCGCCCGCCCUGCCUGGGACGUCCCUGCGGGCUCUCACGCUGCGCGCUGCUCGGCCCUCGGCGGCAGACGCGCCGGCGAUGCCGCCGGCUGCGGUGGAGGCGGUGAUGCAGCACAGAGGCACGAGCCGCGCACACAGGAGUCCAUUCACCCCGGCGUGUCUGCUCUUCAUCGAGGCGAACCUCCACCUAGUCUGCCUCUUUUUUCCACUGACAGCUGUUUUGACUUGCGUUCGUGUCGUGUCUUGUUUUUUUUCUGGUAUUGUAAUGGUUUAAUGUGUAUUUGUAACGUCAUGUGUUGCAGAGGAGAGAAUCCCGGCGGGGCAGUGGAGGAGAUGCCUGGUGUUUGUCAUGCACAUUUGCUGUGGCACAACUGCUUGUAAUAAUUUUCUUGAACUAUUAUCUAAAUUGUCUUCAGGUUCAAGGUAGAAAAAUGAACCCUGCUAUAUUAAAUUUAAUUAUGAAUGUAAACUCGUUAGAUAAGGUUUCUGCAAAAACCCACUGAUUAGCUCAUGCUAUUGCCAGAUAUUUAAAUGAAUUGCAUGGAUGUCUGUCACAGUGCUGAUGAAGUAUUUAAAAUAUGCACGGCUAAUAUUGUUUUCCCUUAUUCCCCAUUCCUCAUUAUUUCAGAUUCAUCGAAACAUACUGAACUUGUUCAGUGUGUAAACAUAAUGAUUAUCUCCAGAUGGACAUUUGCAUGCAUGACUAAAAUUGCAUUAGGAAAAGCCAAAAGUCCAUUAACCAUAUAUUCUUUUUGUUUUCUUUGUAUUUUAACUCCACAGUACGUCUCUAUUCCUUCAAAGGGUGAAUGUAUUCAACGUUUGACACUGCCAUGAGUGCAGAUGAUUAAUGAGAUUAGUAGCCAUCGAUUACGGACACCGAAAGAAGGUCCCGUAGUUCAAAUGUCCCAGUCCAGGUCAGUGCUGUGGCCUCUGCGAUUGGCUGAAGAAACACCCUUUGUGAAGCCAAGACAACAUGGCCUGUCUGACCAUAGAUCUCAUAGCUAAAUCUGGAAAACACUUCAAAAAGAGAAGGGGCAUCUCUCUUCUGCAUUACCUGAAGACCCUCACCCAUCUCCACUUUUCCAACAGGAACAUUGAGGAGAUUGGAGAUCUGUCCAUGUGCGGGAACCUCACUGUGCUUUACCUGUUUGAGAAUCGCUUAACAAAGAUUUGCAGCCUGGACUUUGCCUCCAACCUCACCCAUCUGUAUCUGCAGAACAACAACAUCACUCAUAUGGAUAAUCUCUCCAACCUGAGGAAACUCUCCAAACUGUAUCUGAGUAGGAACAGAAUUUCAGUGGUGGAGGGUUUGGAGGAGCUCCGCGGACUCAAAGAGCUUCAUUUGGAGAAUCAACAGCUGGAGCCAGGGGACCAGUUGCUCUUUGACCCCACGAGUGUCCUCGCUCUUGCUGAAUCUCUUUGUGUGCUGAAUAUUAAUAACAAUAACAUUGAGGACAUCAAAGACCUGUCGGUGCUGAAGGAACUCGAACAUUUUUCUGCUGCUAAGAACAAAUUGCUUCAUAUUGAUGAGCUGGAGGACGUGUUCGAGCUCUGGUCUAAGCUGCUCAUAUUGGAUUUGAGUGGAAAUCCUGUGUGUAAACAACGAAAGUACAGAGAUCGCCUUAUAGUUGCGUGCCAAAAACUUGGCACUCUUGAUGGUAGAGACAUUAACGAGAUAACCAGGCAAUUCCUUGUUAACUGGAAAGCGGCAAAAGAAAGCAAAAAGAGAAAAAACAAGAAUACAAUGUUGACUUGGCCCGUGGUUGCUCGUCCUCCCACAAAUGACUUUGGGUUCGCAGAGUCAGAGCCAAGUCAGAGUUCACUUCCUUUUCGGAUCUACCGGCCCAACGACAUGCGUAGCAGGGAGCCACAGGAGCCUCUUCAGUCAUUUAUGCCGGUUCAAAGUCAGCCUAUAAGUCCAAUUUCUGAGGUCAUCAGUCUGAAGUCCUGAGUAUCCCUACUAUCUUCACAUUCCAACCCUGUUUUGUCUAAACACCUUUCAUCUUUAAGCCAGAUAUUCUGUAGCUGCAGUGGAUGAAAUUCAUGGCAUAUCCAUUUGAUUUCACCAGCUGACUGAAUUAACCACCUGGGAAAGAGUAAUGAGUAAAACAGCAGCCCUUCUUCUUCUUCUAGAUUUUUAGUUUCUGUACAAAUAAAUCAUUUGCAGCUCAUGCUG